GUACUGGACGAGGCGUCAUCAUAUACACGGGAGAUAGGACAAUCAUGGGAAGAAUUGCACAUUUGGCCUCUGGCCUUCAGAGCGGCGAAACUCCGAUCGCUAAAGAAUUGGCGCAUUUCAUCCGAAUCAUUACCGGAGUGGCCGUAUUUCUAGGAGUGACAUUUUUCGUCAUCUCACUGAUCAUGGAGUACUAUUGGUUGGACGCGGUAGUGUUUCUGAUCGGCAUCAUCGUUGCUAACGUUCCUGAGGGGUUGUUGGCCACCGUUACGGUUUGUUUGACUUUGACCGCCAAGCGGAUGGCAAAGAAGAACUGUCUAGUGAAACACUUAGAGGCAGUGGAAACACUCGGUUCGACGAGUACCAUUUGCUCUGACAAAACCGGCACUUUGACGCAGAACCGCAUGACGGUCAGCCAUGCGUGGUUCGACAACAACAUCAUGUUGGCGGACACGUCCGAACACCAAGAACAGGCCGCCUAUGAUUUGUCUCAACCAACAUUCAUGGCCUUGAUGCGCAUUGCGGCAUUGUGCAAUCGCGCAGAGUUCAAAAACCCGCAGGAUACGAUGCCCGUGCUAAAACGUGAAUGCACCGGCGAUGCUAGCGACAUCGCUAUCAUGAAGUUCGCUGAACUGGCAGUUGGCGACGUUGGUGAUUGGAGGAAACGCUGCCCGAAGGCUUGUGAAAUUCCGUUCAAUUCCACGAACAAAUUUGCCGUGACCAUUCACGAAAUGGAUGACGAACAGGAAGGAAAGUACAACAUGCUGUUGAUGAAGGGUGCACCGGAGCGUAUCAUCGACCGAUGUACCACGAUCUUGAUCGAAGGCGAGGAGACGAUGCUGACGAAAGCACACCGCGACGCCUUCGACAAGGCGUACUUGGAACUCGGUUGCCUCGGGGAACGUGUCUUGGGCUUCUGUGACUACAAGUUACCCGUAGACAAGUUUCCAAUCGGUUUCAAGUUCGAUGCGACCGAGGGAAAUUUCCCGCUCAGUGGCUUCCGCUUCGUCGGUCUAAUGUCGAUGAUCGACCCUCCGCGGGCGGCAGUGCCGGAUGCAGUGACGAAGUGUCGUUCUGCGGGCAUUAAGGUGAUCAUGGUGACCGGCGACCAUCCGAUUACGGCCAAAGCGGUCGCCAAGAGCGUUGGCAUCAUCAGCAUGGAGAAUGAGACGCCGGAAGACGUGGCAAUUCGACUAGGCAUUCCCGUCGAGGAAGUGGACGGAACGAAGUGCAAGGCAUGCGUGAUCCACGGCGCCCAGCUGCGGGAGAUGAGCAAAGAUGAACUGGAUUUCAUCGUCGGUCACUACAAGGAGAUCGUCUUCGCCCGUACAUCGCCGCAGCAAAAGCUUACCAUCGUCGAGAGCUGCCAACGCAACGGCGCCAUCGUGGCCGUCACUGGUGAUGGUGUCAACGACUCGCCCGCUCUUAAGCAGGCAGACAUUGGUGUUGCAAUGGGCAUUUCUGGAAGCGACGUCAGCAAGCAAGCGGCUGACAUGAUUUUGCUGGACGACAAUUUUGCUUCGAUUGUCACUGGAGUCGAAGAAGGUCGGCUGAUCUUCGACAAUCUCAAAAAAUCCAUAGCCUACACGCUGACUAGCAACAUUCCAGAAAUUAGUCCGUUUUUGAUGCUGAUCUCCUUCUCAUAUGGCAUGAUAGGGAUUAUUCAGGCGAGUGCUGGAUUUUUCAGUUAUUUCGUCAUUAUGGGCGAAAACGGCUUUCUUCCGCAGCGCCUGUUCGGGAUUCGUUCUGAGUGGGAUUCGCGAGCUGUAAAUGAUUUGCACGAUAGCUAUGGCCAGCAAUGGACGUAUGCUUCGAGAAAAGUUCUUGAAUACACGUGUCACACGGCGUUUUUCAGUUCAAUUGUUACUGUACAGUGGGCAGAUUUGAUCAUUUCAAAGACGAGGCGGAAUUCUUUGAUUCAACAAGGAAUGAGUAACUGGACAUUAAAUUUUGGCCUUGUGUUCGAAACUGCCUUAGCCGCUUUUCUGGCGUUCUGUCCUGGUUUAGACAAGGGUUUGCGUAUGUAUCCUUUGAGAUUUUGGUGGUGGUUUCCUGCUCUUCCGUUUUCGAUACUAAUAUUCGUCUACGACGAGUCCCGCCGUUCGGUGCUGCGCCGAAGCGGACCCGGGUCGUUCAUCGAGCGAGAGACGUACUAUUGAUU